AUGUGGACCAGCAACCAAAAUGCAAACUCCCUGAUUGCCAACGACAACUUUUUCUUUCCAUCUUUUACAACCACAGCUAUCAGCCUUGCUGACCGGGUCAAUGACAGAAAACAACUUAGUGUCCGGUUUGGAAGAUAUGAACCAGAUGAUAUUGAUCAAUUUCAAUUUCAAUUAACAAUACCAAGAAUUCCAAGUGACAGCUUUGAAAAAUUGGAUUUAUUAUUGGAAUUUGGAAUGAUACUCAAGAAUUACAAAAAUUUAAAAGUCUCUGGUCUUGCACACAUCAACACUGAUUUAACGAGUUGCUCAGAAGUCUAUUUGAACGGAGAUUUUGUUCUAAAACAAUCGUAUGCUUUUCAUGGAACAGAUCAAAUUGAAACCUACAAUACUCCAAUUAUUGACUUUGCAUCAAUUGAUUCAAUGGAUCAGCUCUCCAUUAUCAAUUUUUUGGACUCAUCUUUUAAUAGAGAAGCGACUGGAAAGUUUGUUCAAGAAUCAUCCUUUUGCAAACAAGGACCUAACAGUGCAUCACAAAUAAUUGUUAAUCUAAAUAUUAAGAUUCCUGUUCAGACCUACUCGUAUGAAGUGGAAUGGUUUGAAAAGGCUAAAUUUGCAUGGAUUCAGUACAUUGCAUUUUUACCUUUGUUCUGGUACCUCUUUUAUCGAGUAAAGAGAUUCAUGAUAUUGCGUGGCCUCGUGAACACAAGAAUGCAAUCUCCAACGAAGAAAUUAAUAUAA